UUGGUGAACCAACAGUCUCCCUUCUCCACUCUCCGAGCAUCUAACAUAUCAGCGGACAGCUGGCAUUCCAUUCCGGGCUUUCGGUUGCACUUGCAGAGACCCCUCUCUCCCAGAGGUUUCUCUCUCUAUUUCGCCCUAGGUAGACAUGUAACUCUCUCCACUCUCGAGCAACUAACCAUAUUAGCUGCUGCUUCGGGGUUUCGGCUGCGCACACUUGUCAGUUCUCUCUUUUCUCUGUGAAAAGAUUUUUUGCUGCUGCCAAAUUCUGAUAUCUGAGUAUGCGGUUUAGACACAUUCUUACGGUUCAAACCCUUUGAAGCAGAUUGGUACGGUGAGGGAAAGAUGGCUGUAAAUCUUGUAAAAAUUAUUGGUAAAUCUCCCUUUCUUGCCCGUUCUGUUGUUUUCUCUCCAAAACCAGUUUCUCCUUUCUGUAACCCUAGAAGAAUUGCUACAUGUUCUGCUAAGAGAAGUGGUUUUAGGGUGUGUUCAUCGGGCUCCUUAAGCACAUCCUCUUUAAAUUCCUAUCAUGGAAUUGGGUUUAAGGACUUGGGUCACUCUGGGAUGAAAUUUCGAGACUUGGGUUUGGAUUACUUUCGGAUUUCGGCAGUCUCAGAUGGCGGUGUUGGAGGAACUGGUGGUUCUGGUGGCCAGGGUGAUGGAAAUUCAGGUGGCAGACGCGAUGAUGGUGGUGGAAGUAACUGGUCCUUGCUUUCCUGGUAUUUGGCUCUUCUUGGGAAGUAUCCAGUGAUGACAAAAGCCGUCACAUCUGCCCUUCUGACUUUUGUUGGGGAUUUAAUCUGCCAGCUAUGGAUUGAUCAAGUCUCAACACUGGACUUGAAGCGGACAUUUCUAUUCACUCUCUUGGGGUUUGUGUUGGUUGGUCCCACGUUGCAUUUCUGGUAUUUGUACCUAAGUAAAUUGGUGACCAUCCCAGGAGCAUCUGGUGCUCUCUUGCGCCUUCUGCUUGAUCAGUUCCUUUUCUCUCCCAUCUUCAUUGGAGUUUUCUUAUCCGUACUUGUAACUCUUGAGGGAAGACCAUCAGAAGUAGUACCAAAACUUCAACAGGAGUGGUUUUCUGCUGUAUUGGCAAAUUGGCAAUUGUGGAUACCUUUCCAGUUCCUUAACUUUAGAUUUGUUCCCCAGCAAUUCCAGGUUCUUGCUGCUAAUGUGGUUGCUCUAGCAUGGAAUGUGAUUCUAUCAUUUAAAGCUCACAAAGAGAUUCUUGCCAAAUAGGUGUUGCUGCUUGACUGGUUCUGUUCCAUGUUUAUUUGACUCGGAGCUUAAACAAUCCAUAAGCCUGCUGUAAUGAAGCUUUACAUAGUGGUGCUUCUCUCUAACAUCAUGGUCCGUUGUGGUGGAACAUUUUUGUUUGCUAGCCUAAGCCCUAGUCUGAACUGUAUUGUGUACGGAAACUUCCGUGCGAAAAAAGUUACUUGUAGAUGUAAUUUUCGUAGUAUUUAUUGUUACUUUCACUCUUAAACCUAUUAUUUCAGAUAUUAGAAUGCCGAUAACUAGAAAAAUAACUUUCUUGGUCUUGGAACUUGCUCCCCGCUUGAGAAUGAAUGUUGGAAAUUUUUUCGA